AUGAACCAAAACACACUGAAAGUAGGCGACGAGUUCGCCAAUUUCAAAGAUUUUGAGCUGGCGUUAAAAAAGCAUGAAAAUGCAACAUUCACUAAUUUGGUCAAAACUAACAGUCAUUUGUUGAAAGUGGGAGCAAAUAUUUCACAAGAAGAUGUGAAUCGUUUCGAAUACAGUAGUGUAGUGUUCAAAUGCAAGUAUUAUGGAAACCCAAAAUCAACGGCCACUCAACGAGAAUCGCGCUCGUAUAAAUGCAAUUGCACAUACAGAAUGGAUGUGUCUUGUGUGAUAAAUGCACGAAAUAAACGUGUCAUAAAAGUUACAUCAAUGAUUAAUGUGCAUACCAAUCACACUCCGUCCGAGGCAGCGUACUAUUCUCUUCCACGGCAAAGGAAUGAGAGCAUCAAACAAGCCAGUGCAUUAGUGAAAAUAUCCGAAAAAGUGCACGGAAAUACACGAUUAACUCAGCAUGCGAUUAAUAGCAACGAAAAUCGUGUGGGUGGCAAAGUGCUUGCAAAAGACAUUCAAAACGAACGCGUUAGAAUCAGACAAAAUGAAGACGCUGAUACAGAAAAGGUCGACGACCUCACUGCGUUAAUACAAGAAAUGCAAAAAAUCGAUGGUGCGACGGUGAAAGUGAUAACCGAAAAUCAACAAGUUGAAGGAAUAUAUUUCCAAGAUUCAACGAUGAAAGACACAUUCGAAGCGUAUCCCGAAAUAAUUUUCGUUGACGCAACAUAUAAUGUGAACGACAGAAAUAUGCCGCUACAAGUGGUCAUGUGUGCAGAUGGUGAGGGUGAAAAACAAAUCGUCGCGAUGUUCAUCAUAAGAUCAGAAAAUUUUACCGUUAUGAAAAGCUUGUUCGAAUGUUUCAUCGAAGAAAACCCGAAUGCCGACAAAAUCGAAACUGUCAUGGUUGAUAAACACGCCAGUAAUUUGGCAACAUUUCCCGUGGUAUUUCCUAAUGCGCAAAUAAAUUUAUGCGUUUUUCAUGUGAAACAAAUUUUUAUUCGAGAAGUAACUACAAAGAAACGGAAUAUAUCGAAGGAUGUUAAAAACCAAGCAUUGGUGAUACUCAAUAAAAUGGUUUAUUGUAAAACUGAAGUUGAAUACUUGCAACUGUAUGAACAGCUAGAAGAAAUCGCUUCAGCGGAACUCAUGCAAUAUUUCAAUGACAAUUGGCAUAAGGCAGAAAUUAGGCCGAUGUGGGUAGGUUGCUAUGUAAACAGCGGUUCGCAUUUCGAUAAUAGGACCAAUAAUAGGACCGAAAACUUCAACCAAAAGUUGAAAGGUGUUUUGACUCGAUUCGCGCCUUUGAAACAAAUGUUCAAAGAAACAAUUAUCGUACUGUCAACUUUGGCCGACGAACGAGACUACAGGAAAAUAACGCACACCGAAAAAAUCGAAGCCAGAGUUGCCAACGAAGCGCCGUUCUGUACUUGUAAAUUCGUCAAAACUAUGCAUUUACCAUGCAAGCACAUUUUAGCUCUUAGGCUAAACAAGGGACUAAAUCAGUUUAAUCCGGUGUUAUGUGGUCAAAGAUGGCUUAAAACAACUUUAUCAAAGAUAGCAUUGUCCGAGCUCACUGACAGUACAAGUACGAGUACACAAGUCGUUGCAAUACCAACAAAUGCGCGUGCAUUGACAAAGAAUCAAAAGUACAGAAAAGUGUCUGCUAUACUUAAUGCAAUAACCGACAAUGUUAUUGAUUUGCCGCAGUCACUAUUUGAAACAUACUUUCAAGAGUUUGAAAAGUGUUUGGAUUUCAUCACAAAAAAUACAGUGUUUUCAGGUAAAAUUAGAACAAAAUUUAAAUAUUGUGAUGAAAGCAUUAAGAAAAAUUUGUUUUAGUUGUGCCAAUUGAUGGUGGUGACGCAAAUCCAAAUGCUAUUGGAGCAGCACAGGCAAACGUUAGUGCAACACAAACACAAUCGGCCGCCUCGACACAAACAAACGUAGCUGUAACACAAUCGAAUGCCAGAGCCGACGCAUCGCAAACGGGUGACCAAAUACAAGCAAAUGCUGCAGUCAGCGCAUCUCAAACGGGU